GGCAAAGUUUCCUGUUUUCCUUGCGCAGCCGAGAGGAUCCCAGCGCACUUUCCCUGCUUCAGUCAACUUGACUCCCAAGCGCCUGCACAGCCUACAUGUUUUGGGAUCGCUCAGACGUGAUGCGGCUUCUAUGGCCCCAGUUUGCUCGACAGUCAGAGAGAGGGAGGGAGGUUUUCCCCAGCACCAAGAAAAAAAUCGGCGUGCUCUCGACAGCUCAGUAGCUAAGGACAAGUUUCCUGCUCCCAGAUUUUCUCUGGAACUGUUUUCAGGAAGAGGCAACCCCCCCCUCCCCAUUUAAAUGGAUGAUUGUGUCACAAUUAAGAAAAAGCAUCUCCAAAGACCUAUCUUUCGAUUAAGAUGUUUAGUAAAGCAGCUGGAGAAAGGUGACGUUAACGUGGUUGACCUAAAGAAGAAUAUUGAAUAUGCAGCAUCUGUAUUGGAAGCAGUAUAUAUUGAUGAAACAAGGAGGCUCUUGGACACAGAGGAUGAACUCUCGGAUAUCCAGUCCGAUUCAGUCCCACUGGAAGUACGGGAUUGGUUGGCGUCUACCUUCACGAGGAAAAUGGGGAUGACAAAAAGGAGGCCAGAAGAAAAACCCAAAUUUCGAAGUAUCGUGCAUGCAGUGCAAGCUGGGAUAUUUGUAGAAAGAAUGUAUCGAAGAACUUCCAACAUGGUUGGGUUGGCCUACCCAGCAGAAGUGAUAUCAACUUUUAAGGAUGUUGAUAAAUGGUCGUUUGAUGUGUUUGCCCUCAAUGAAGCAAGUGGAGGGCACAGCCUGAAAUUCAUGAUGUAUGAAUUGUUUACCAGAUAUGACCUUUUGAGCCGUUUCAAGAUCCCCGUUCCCAGUCUUAUUUCAUUUGGGGAGGCUCUGGAGAUAGGCUACAGCAAAUACAAAAACCCUUACCACAACUUAAUCCACGCGGCGGACGUCACGCACACUGUGCAUUGCAUCAUGCUUCUGACUGGUAUCAUGCACUGGCUCACUGAACUGGAAAUACUAGCGAUGAUCGUUGCAGCUGCAGUCCACGAUUACGAGCACAAUGGGACGACGAACAAUUUCCACAUUCAGACCAGGUCGGAUGUCGCCAUUUUGUACAAUGAUCGCUCGGUUCUUGAAAACCAUCAUGUGAGUGCCGCUUACCGAAUAAUGCAAGAAGAGGAAAUGAACAUCCUGGCAAACUUAACCAAAGAUGAAUGGAGGGAACUGCGCAGCCUAGUCAUUGAGAUGGUCUUGUCUACCGACAUGUCAGGUCACUUCCAGCAAAUCAAAACCAUGAGGCACACUCUUCAGCAGACGGAGGGGAUAGACAAAGCCAAAGCCAUGUCUCUGAUUCUACAUGCAGCUGACAUAAGCCAUCCCGCCAAGUCCUGGGAACUGCACUACCGGUGGACAACAGCACUGAUGGAAGAAUUCUUUCGACAGGGAGACAAAGAGGCUGAACUUGGACUGCCAUUCUCUCCUCUCUGCGAUCGCAAAUCUACCAUGGUGGCUCAGUCCCAAAUAGGUUUCAUUGAUUUCAUAGUGAAGCCAACAUUUUCUCUCCUUACUGACUCCAUGGAGAAAAUUGUUUUCCCUCUUAUAGAGGAAGCUUCAAAAUCGGAAAGCCCUCCCUUUUUGACAACACCCAGUGAGAACAGCACUGGAGACAGGAGCACGGAUGCGCACAAAAGAAUCGGGCCUCGUACCACUGCAUGCUAUGGUGGGACUUGCUCAGAAAACUCUUUAGCAACUGUGGAUCUAAUGAGCUUCAAAGACAACUUGGUUCAGAUCAUCCAAGAAAACAAAGACAGGUGGAAAGAGUUAGCUGAAAAAGAAGAGCUCGUGCAAAAUGUCGGUGGGCAGCACAAAGGCCAGCCUAAAGACCAAAGCAGACAUGCCACAGGCACACAAUCAGAGGAGGUGGCAACCAAGACGCCAAAUGAGAACACGCAGGGAAGUGAUGACACAGCGUUGUCAAUAGACUCGUCCCCCGCCUCCGUAGCUCUUCAAGUGAACUCUCUCAAUUCACUGAUCAAUGUACCCGGCUCUGAGACUGUGUCUAAACUCCCUGCAAAUAUAAAAGGAACGGCAGAUGUACAGCAAGAAACACAAGCCACCGCCCCCCUAAAUGGUGAACCUAAACUUUGUAAGAAUACAGAAGAGCCAGUAGCAGCAUCAGAACCAAGCCAGGCGGUGCUUCACAACUAGAAGACCUGCAUCUUCCUUGUUUCUUGUCAUUUGGAAAAUGAGAGGGUGAAUGAAAUGGCACUAAAACAUCUUCGUUUCCCUCCAAGCUGUUAUCUUCCCUGCCAAAUCGUCCUUGGACCAUCUUAGCUAUACGUAGGAUGGAUGGAUACAGAUGUCUGCCUUUAAAAGAACUACAAAGCCUUGAGCGGGUAACUCGAGGUGCUUAUAGAAGAGCUCACGAUUUGGAGUUAUUUUCUUUCUCCUUCUGUUCUGCCAUCCUUAGCUGGAAUACAUUUUUAGGCAAAAGAAGAAGGAGGAAGAAGAAAUGAUUUUGACCAGUGACACCAGCCAUUACCAUCUCGCCCUGUAUAAA